UCUUCUUAUGCCCACGGAACGUCGGUGGGCGCCUUGUCUGGGUUCCACUUCAGGUCUCUUCGUACGCAAAAAAAAGCUUUGCUUGGGUUCAACUUCCGAUCUCUCGGUACGUAUCCGUCUCCUUCUAUGGUGGAAAUGAGGGUGGUGAACUCUGUGCUGCUACUGCUCCUUGCAAGUAGAGUGGCAGGGAGGUGGGAUGACACCAGCAGCCCACUGUCCAGUAGAGAUGACUUCCCAACGGACUUCGUCUUUGGUGCAGGGACCUCAGCGUAUCAGGUGGAAGGAGCAGCAGCUGAGGAUGGGAGGACCCCUAGCAUCUGGGACACCUAUGCUCAUGCUGGUUAUGUUCAAGGCACGGGAGAUAUAGCAUCUGAUGAGUACCAUAAAUACAAGGAAGAUGUCAGACUCAUGGCACAGACAGGAUUAGAAGGCUACAGGUUCUCCAUCUCUUGGUCAAGACUAAUUCCUAAUGGAAGAGGAAAAGUCAAUCCUAAAGGUCUAGAGUAUUACAACAAUCUCAUCAAUGAACUGCUCAGCUAUGGAAUUGAACCACAUGCCACUCUUUUUCAUUAUGAUCACCCUCAAAUUCUUGAAGAUGAAUAUGGAGGAUGGAUUAGCCCAAAAAUUGUGGAUGAUUUCACAGCAUAUGCCGAUGUAUGCUUUAGGGAAUUUGGUGAUAGGAUUUCUCAUUGGACUACUUUGAAUGAGCCCAAUGUAUUUUUGAUAGGUGGUUAUGAUCGUGGCUUUUUACCACCUACAAGGUGCUCUUACCCAUUUGGUAACUGUUCUCAUGGAGAUUCAACAUUAGAGCCAUACAUUGCAGCUCGUCAUUGCCUACUAGCACACAAUUCAGCAGCUCAAUUGUACAAGAGAAAAUACAAGGACAAGCAGCAAGGCUUUAUAGGAUUGAAUGUGUUUGUUUAUUAUUUUCUACCUUUAACCAACUCAGUGGAGGACAUAAAUGCAACGAAGAGGGCCCAGGAUUUCUAUACAGGCUGGUUUGUUGAGCCACUUGUUCAUGGAGACUAUCCUGAAACUAUGAAGAAAGCUGCUGGCACAAAGAUGUUGGGAUUCUCAAAAAAUCAAUCCAAGCAACUCAUGGAUUCAUUUGAUUUCAUAGGUCUCAACUACUAUAACACAGUAUAUGUGAUGGACAGUCCCAACAAUGCCAUGGCUUGUGAAAGAGACUGGUUUGGUGAUAUGGCUGCUAAUAUUACAUAUGCAGGGAAGACAGAUGAGAAGUCUGGCACUGAGUUCGACAUGGUGGCAUAUGGCCUCCAAGGAGUGCUAGAGUAUUUCAAGAAAAUUUAUGGCAACCCACCUAUCUACAUUCAGGAAAAUGGUCUACCAAUGCAACACACUCUCGAUGACAGCCCUAGGGUGAAAUUUCUGACUGCAAACAUAAGAAGCCUACUCAAUUCCCUCAGGAAUGGAUCCAACAUCUUGGGAUACUUCACCUGGUCCUUCAUCGACGCCUUCGAGUUGCUCACUGGGUACCAAUAUACAUAUGGUCUGUAUUAUGUGGACUUCAGGGACGAGGACUUGAAGAGGUAUCCCAAGUUGUCAGCCCAGUGGUACUCCAAUUUCCUCAAAGGGAGAUGGCACAACAGUUGCACGAAUAACUCAUCUACAUUACUUUCUACAGUGUAACAUGCUUCUUGAUUUUACACUACUCUGUUGAAUUAAUGUAUUAGUUUUUUUCCUAGGAAAAUAAUUAAUGCAUAGUUCCAUGCAUAGGUUAUGAUACCAUGGAAGAACAGAGGAAUUACCA